GGCGCUCGGCCCGCGGCCUGACAGGGACUUAUCCUGCAGAGAUCGGCCCCGCGCGCGCGACCCACACCCACCCACUCAUCCACCUACCCACUCCCUGCGCCGCCUCCUCCCACCCUGAGCAGAGCCGCCGAGGAUGAUAAACACCCAGGACAGUAGUAUUUUGCCUUUGAGUAACUGUCCCCAGCUCCAGUGCUGCAGGCACAUUGUUCCAGGGCCUCUGUGGUGCUCCGAUGCCCCUCACCCACUGUCGAAGAUCCCCGGUGGGCGAGGGGGUGGCAGGGAUCCUUCUCUCUCAGCUCUAAUAUAUAAGGACGAGAAGCUCACUGUGACCCAGGACCUCCCUGUGAACGAUGGAAAGCCUCACAUCGUCCACUUCCGGUAUGAGGUCACCGAAGUGAAAGUCUCUUCCUGGGAUGCAGUCCUGUCCAGCCAGAGUCUGUUUGUCGAGAUCCCAGAUGGAUUAUUAGCUGAUGGGAGCAAAGAAGGAUUGUUAGCACUGCUCGAGUUUGCUGAAGAGAAGAUGAAAGUGAACUAUGUCUUCAUCUGCUUCAGGAAGGGCCGUGAAGACAGAGCUCCACUCCUGAAGACCUUUAGCUUCUUGGGCUUUGAGAUUGUACGUCCAGGCCAUCCCUGUGUCCCCUCUCGGCCAGAUGUGAUGUUCAUGGUUUACCCUCUGGACCAGAACUUGUCCGAAGAGGACUAGUGGGGAUGCUUUGCCCAAGAGCACCAGUGGGGGAUGAGGGGGUAGUUAGGCAGCCCUGGGGCAGAGCGGAGGCCUCCCCACUGUUGGGCAGGACGCUGAGGGGCUCGGGGUGAGGGCUGCCGCCUGUGUCCUCGGGAUUGACGCGUUGAAGUUGUUUCCCAUAAAGAACAGUAUAAACAUAUUAUUCACAUGUAAUCACCAAUAGUAAAUGAAGAUGUUUAUGAACUGGCAUUAGAAGCUUUUUAACUGCGCUGUGUGUGCUCUAUCUAGCCUAGGGGAGGACUUUGCCUAGCUGGGGAGGGAGUGCCAGGGGCCAGACCUGGAGGGUCGCUGGCCAGGACUGGCAGCCUCAGGUGCCCCUCCUGCUGUUAUGGUGGUGUUUGGUUUUUAAGACUUACUUGUUUUCUUUCUUUGCUUUUUGUUGCCCCAGGGGCUCCUGAGUGUAGGCUUUCCCUGCCCCUGGGCAGUAUCCCGGAGCUGUUUCCUGACCUGCCUGGGCUUCUCUGUGCAGUUUGUCUGGCCUGGAGCAAGUGGGUCUGACCACCCCUUCUUUUCAGCUUAGUGUUAUUCUGGCAUUUGGUUAAGCCGGCUUAAUCUGUUCCAUGUUAUCAGUGCAUUUGAAAUAGAGGCGUUGAAGUUCACCUCCCCAACCAGGGUUUUUUUUAGAUGUCUGGGACUUAUAAAACACUAGCCAAACUCCAGUUCUUACAUCACCACCACAAGUUCUUGCUCCUGUGCCAGGGUCACGACGAGCAGAACAGAGGAAGAGGAGCAACUCAGGGCCUGGGGAUUGUGGGGGGGAACAUGUUGCUAGGGCCUGACUGCCUCUGGCUGGCUGAGCGCCAUGCCGGCUGCCUCCCCAGUUGGGCUGUGAGUAGUGCCUGCGACCUGGGCUUGCAGAAGUGGGCCACCCUUUACUGUUUUCACCCAACAGCUUGUUCUAAGGGGAGAGGAAGGGGGAGAGCUCUAGUUUGGGCCGGGGUGGGGGUGUCAGGGAGGCCAGUGUGUUGUGUUAACUGUGUCAAUAAACUGAUUUAAAGUUG